AUUGCAUUCGGGGAUGUUCGGGUAUGUUGUGCUUACAAAACCUCGUUUUCUGUUCACGUGGAAUCGAUCGUGCAAGAAACAUAUCACAAGGAACCGCUGAAAACAGUCUCUUAACAUCCUUUCUUUUCUAUUUCUAUUCGCUUGGUGCAUGCGGUUACUGGUCCUGUCUGCCUUUAGACACUUUGUCAAAUUCAGACCUGCUGAAGCUGAGCUGCUGAGCCAGGCCUUCCCCAGACCCUGUUUAAGGAUUUAUUCCACAUCGGACACCAUCAUGGCCCCCAAAAAAGCAGACCUCAAGCGCAAUGCACAGUCACCGAAUACAAGCAAGGCAAAACAACAGAAAGUUGACAGAGUGGAAGGAUGGCUAGAAAGUGAAGUGGCUGAGCUACGAAGAGGGACUCGGGAUAUGAAGUUCAACAACAAGCGUCUCAGAUAUUUGUCUGAUACCAAAACAGUUCAGCAAGGAUCAGAAGGGGUGCUGUACUGGAUGGGAAGGGAUCAGCGAGUUCAAGAUAAUUGGGCGUUGAUCUAUGCCCAACAAUUGGCCAUCACAGAGAAACUACCCCUGCACAUUUGCUUCUGCCUCAUGCCAACAUUUUUAGAGGCAACGUUUAGACACUAUUCCUUCAUGUUAAAAGGACUACAGGAGGUGGCCAAGGAAAGCAGUGUUCUGGAUAUUCAAUUCCAUCUUCUCAGUGGCUUCCCUGGAGAUACCCUUCCUGGCUUUAUAAAGGAGUGGAACAUGGGGGCUGUCGUAACUGAUUUUUGGCCUCUCAGGGAUCCAACUCAGUGGGUAGAAGAUGUCAAAAAAACAAUCAGCCCAGACAUCCCUAUCAUUCAGGUGGAUGCUCAUAAUGUGGUGCCUUGCUGGGAGGCAUCUGGAAAACUUGAGUAUUCAGCCAGGACCAUCCGUGCCAAGAUUACUAAACUGCUGCCUACGUUUCUCACUGAAUUUCCUGUUGUUGACAAGCAUCCACACACAACCUCAAGAACCGCCAAGGCAAUAGAUUGGAGUGAGACUCUGUCAUCUCUGGAGGUGGAUCGGUGUGUUGGUGAGGUAGACUGGGCGAAGCCUGGAACUUCAGGGGGCAUGGCCACGCUGGAGUCUUUCAUUGAUCAGCGCUUGCGUGACUUUGCCCCUCUCCGGAACAACCCCAACGUGGCUGCCCUCAGCCAGCUGUCUCCGUGGAUCCACUCUGGUAAUCUCUCAGCCCAGCGCGUGGUCCGCCAGGUCCAAAAGAAUGGCAAGAAAUUCAGCGAAUCGGUGGCCUCCUUUACAGAGGAGUUGGUGGUGCGCAGGGAACUUGCAGACAAUUUCUGCUUUUACAACAAGAACUAUGACAACAUUGAGGGUGCAUAUGAGUGGGCCCGGAAGACCCUGAAGGAUCAUGCAAAAGACGAAAGGACUCACGUCUACACUCGGGAGCAACUGGAACAAGCGAAGACCCAUGACCAACUUUGGAAUGCAGCCCAGAUUCAGGUGUUGACUGAAGGGAAGAUGCAUGGAUUCAUGAGAAUGUACUGGGCCAAAAAGAUCCUGGAAUGGACCUCCUCUCCGGAAGAAGCACUUGCUAUCGCUAUUUAUCUUAAUGACCGCUAUUCUUUAGAUGGAUGUGACCCUAAUGGAUAUGUUGGCUGCAUGUGGUCCAUUUGUGGCAUACAUGACCAGGGUUGGGCUGAAAGACCUGUCUUUGGAAAAAUUCGCUACAUGAACUAUGCUGGAUGCAAACGCAAGUUUGAUGUUGAGCGCUAUGAGAAGAUGUACAGCAAGAAGGUACCUAAUUUCGAAAAAUAAGCCUUGCAUUAUUGUUUCUGCAUAACGUUCUGUGUUUCCGUUCUGCCACAUUGUUGGAUAGAAAUGAUGAUUUCAGGCCAGAGGUCUUCAUACUGUAGACAAGACUCAGAGCUCUGUGACUAAGAGGAGGGCUUUUUUUUUAAACUCAGGAACCUUUCUUACAUGUUUUCUUGUUAACAGUUUGUUCAUUUUAAAGAUGUCAUGGUGACAUUACAAAUAAAGUAAAAACGUUUUGGAAAGUAAA